AAAUACUUUUUCUCAUGGAUUAUAGUAAGAGAGAAUGCUAUAAAAGUUACUUUCAAAUUUAUGCUUAAAAAUGAUACAUUACCACAUCAUGCCUUGCGUUUUGAAAGAUUGUUUUGCAGAUAUAAAGCCAUUUUUUUUUCUUUUAAACAGAGCUAAUGUCUCAGAAGAAAUUUGAGGAAAUCAAGAAGGCUAAUCAAGCUGCAGCCAAAAAACUUGUGGAAGAACACUUUAGCUCUUCAUCCGAAGAUGAAGGAGAUGAAGAUCUUGAAGGAAAACAGGGAAAAAUAGUUGCUAAUACAUUUAUAACAUACACUACUCAGACAGAUGGAGAUAUACGAGAAUUAGAGCGAACAAAACAAUAUGUAAAUGAAGCUUUUCAAGCAGGGGCUAUGACAUGCUUAAUUUGUAUCGCUUCAGUGAAGAGAAACCAAGCAGUUUGGAGCUGUUCAGGAUGUUUCUGUAUAUUCCAUAUGCCCUGUAUCCAGAAGUGGGCUAAAGACAGCCAGUUUCUUGUAUCUUCUCUGACAGAUGAUGAUUUUGGAAAGAGAGAUUAUCCCUGGCCUUGUCCAAAAUGUAGGUUUGAAUACAAACGAUCUGAAACACCCAGUAGGUACUAUUGCUAUUGUGGAAAAGUAGAAGAUCCACCUUUAGAUCCAUGGCUUGUGCCUCAUUCAUGUGGUCAAGUAUGUGAAAGAGAAUUUAAACCGCCCUGUGGCCAUAAGUGUUUACUCCUCUGUCAUCCAGGUCCAUGCCCUCCUUGCCCAAAGAUGGUCUCGACUACUUGUUACUGUAAGAAAGCCAAACCUGUCCCUCGUAGGUGCAGCGCCAAGGAAUGGUCCUGUCAGCUGCCAUGUGGACGGAAGUUGCUUUGCGGACAGCAUAAAUGUGAAAACCCUUGUCAUGCAGGAAGUUGUCAGCCCUGCCCAAGAGUUAGUAGACAGAAGUGUGUCUGUGGCAAAAAAGUAGCUGAGCGAAGUUGUGCGAGUCCCCUGUGGCACUGCGAUCAAGUAUGUGGAAAAACACUGCCAUGUGGUAAUCAUACGUGUGAGCAAGUUUGCCAUGUUGGUGCUUGUGGAGAAUGUCCUCGAUCUGGGAAAAGGUUCUGUCCAUGUCAAAAGUCAAAAUUUUCUUUGCCUUGUACAGAAGAUGUACCAACUUGUGGAGACAGUUGUGACAAAGUACUUGAAUGUGGAAUCCAUAGAUGUUCUCAGCGUUGUCACCGAGGUCCUUGUGAAACUUGUAGACAAGAAGUGGAAAAGCAGUGUCGCUGUGGCAAACACACAAAACGAAUGCCGUGUCAUAAAACUUAUCUUUGUGAAACUAAGUGCGUUAAGAUGCGCGACUGUCAGAAGCAUCAGUGUAGGAGAAAGUGUUGCCCUGGAAACUGUCCACCUUGUGAUCAAAACUGUGGACGGACUUUAGGAUGUAGAAACCAUAAGUGCCCAUCUGUCUGCCACAGAGGCAGUUGCUAUCCUUGCCCAGAAACUGUAGAUGUGAAGUGUAGUUGUGGCGAUACAAAGGUGACAGUGCCCUGUGGCCGAGAACGCACCACAAGACCACCCAAGUGCAAAGAGCUUUGCAGUCGACCAUCAACUUGUCAUCAUUCGAGUCAAGAAAAACAUCGCUGUCACUUUGGCUCCUGUCCACCAUGUCAUCAACCUUGCCAAAAAGUUUUGGAGAAAUGUGGUCACUUGUGUCCUGUUCCGUGUCAUGAUCAAGCAUUAAUAAAGCAGACUGGCAAGCUCCAGCCCACGGUCCCUUGGGAACAGCCUUCUGAGCCAGCGUUUAUUCAGACUGCAUUGCCUUGUCCUCCGUGUCUAGUUCCUAUUCCUAUGUAAUGUAUGUUGAAAAAUAUUGUGAGUCCACUACCCUGCCAUGCUGUAGGACCCUACUCUUGUAAGAGAGUUUGUGGACGAACCUUAGAUUGUCAGAAUCAUACAUGUAUGAAAGAAUGCCACAAAGUAACUGAAGUGGAUGGUUGUACUGCCAAAAACAAGGCUGGUCCAGAAUGCCUUCCUUGUGAAGAAGGGUGCUCUAAGUCACGGCCACUAGGCUGUCCUCAUCCUUGUGUUUUGCCAUGUCACCCUGGAGAUUGUCCACCCUGUGUUCAAAUGCUUAGAAUAAAAUGUCACUGCAAGAUUACAAGCCUAUAUGUGGAAUGUAGAAAAAUAACCACAGCUGAUAUAAAUGAAAAGAAUCUCCUCAGUUGUUGCAAAAAUCAGUGCCCUAAAGAGCUUCCCUGUGGUCAUAGAUGCAAAGAGAUGUGUCAUCCUGGUGAAUGUCCCUUUAAUUGCAACCAGAAGGUAAAACUUAGAUGUCCUUGUAAAAGAAUAAAAAAGGAAUUGCAAUGCAAUAAAGUACGUGAAAAUCAGGUUUCAGUAGAAUGUGAUACAACAUGCAAAGAAAUGAAGCGGAAAGCAUCUGAGAUAAAAGAAGCAGAAGCCAAAGCUGCUCUUGAAGAGGAAAAACGAAGACAACAGGCUGAACUGGAGGCUUUUGAAAACAGACUGAAGGGUCGUCGGAAGAAGAACAGGAAAAGAGACGAAGUGGCAGUUGAGCUGUCGCUAUGGCAAAAAUAUAAAUAUCAUCUCCUUUCAGUGUGCGGAGUUUCGGUUGCAGUGUUUGCAUGGUACAUCGCCUAUGAUAUGGAUUAAAAAAAGUUUUGAUCUCUCAAUAUACCUCAGAUUGGAUUUAGUUAAAUUGUUAAAUUUGGAAUAUUAGAAAAUGUGUAUUGUAGAACAUGAUAUGUAUUCACACAUUCAUCUCUGUAUUCUCUUCCAGCUGUUGUUAGAAGGACAGAAUGCUGAGCUUUACCCGGACUUUAGUGUAGUAGAAAGGGCAGUGUGACACUAUCAAGUCAAAGCAUGACAGAAAUCAUAAAGUAUUUCACAAGGCUUAGCUAGUAGCAGAGUAACGUGUUUGUUGUUCAUUGGGUUUCAUUGCAUCAACUUAGUUGUUUCAUUGAGUAUUUCAAACCAACAAUCUAUUUUUUUUUUGGUAAAAUUUAGAUGAAACUGAGCCAUAUGUGUAGUAAGAGGAAUAUUUCUCAAUGCUUUGGUUACUUAUUAAAGAGUACUUUUCUUGAUCAUGUAACUUUGUACUUUUUCAAAAAAGCGAUUCUCUAAAAGACCUCUUAAAUUGUAACAUGAAUCUAUAUAAUUAGAUUCCAGAAGUUGGUUUAUUAGUUAGGAUUUUCUUCAGUCACUGAAAUAAAUUUCAUGUGGUAUGUUUCCCAAGAAUGUAGUUGUUUUCAACAAAUGCCAGGUUAGAUUCCUCACAUGUGGCUGUUUCUUGUGUAAGAAGCUUUUAACUGAAGUUGACAUGUUUUGUAAUCUUGUGUCUUUCUAAAACAAUAAUAAAAGGAAAACCAAUAUUUAUCAACAGUAUGUGCUGAGCACAGGGUUAUGAGCUUUAUGUACUUUAUUCUCAUUUCUCCUUACCACAAUCAUAAAUAUUUAAGCUGGAAAAAAUCAGCUUCUAAAAACAAACUGAUAAGGAAAUAUUAGUAAGUGAAAUCUCUCUGAAUUGUAAUUCAUUUUAAAUAGUUUUGCUAUUUUUGUAUGAUUAAUGUUUCAUUAAAAAUUUUUCAUGCCAAAUUUA